GAACAUAUGAAGUGUAGAAAAAAAAAAGACACUAAGUGAAAUACGUAUACGAUCGACAUUGUUCGAUCAAGCAUUGAUAUCUCUGACUCUUUAUGGACCAUCAUCGAUCGAUAUAUUUAUCAUAGAAAACGAUCAAAUGGAAAGGAAAAACGCGAUGAGCAGGAGGUGCACCUAUCUUGACAAGGAGGAUCCAUCGUUUCGAACAUAAUUACAUUACCGGAAUCAUUCUGUCCUUGAAUGGCUGGAGGAAUAUCGUAGGAUGCAACGUGAAACUUGUCGAGUUAUAAAAGCAGGCGGAAACGGCCAAGUAGUAUAACGAGAACAUCCUGACGUUCGAAUUUUACAAAUUUUGCUUCAUUGUGUCGAUGUUCUAAAAGGAAAAAAUAUAAAUUUGUGGUUGGUCUUCGUGAAAAAUACGCGAAGAUGAAGGGAUGGUUCGAUGCUUUCAGAAACGAUGGUGGACCGACUCUCUAUAGUUAUAGUAAUCGUACACCCGUCACCGGCGAUGUUGCUCUUGUUAUCGUUUUUGUUAUAUUCGGGACAAUAUUUACAGCCUUUCUAGUCAUAUUUCCUGGUAUACGGAAAGAAAGACUAACUACGUUCCUGAUCGUUACCCUGAGUCUCUUCGUUGGAGCAACGAUUCAAGUCGCUCAAUAUGGCUCAUCUUGGCAUACCAGUUCAGCAACCAUCGUUAGUUCGUACAGCGCUUUCUCCAGGCAUAGAACAAGAGCUCAAAUUGGCGGGUACAUAGGACUCAUGCAUAUUAACAUUACUUACAAACACCUACCAGACAACGAACACACGAAUGAUGAUGCCGAGUAUAAUGAGAGAUUCUCGUGGAGGGGUUCUAAUGAAAUGACGAGUGCUUUCAAACAAGCGCUCUAUCAAGGAGCUCCUUUUCCAAUCGUUUCACUGGCGGAAUAUUUUAGCCUUCAUCAGGAAGGAUUUUCUUGGGGUAGUAAAUACCGUGAAGCUGGUUACUACGCGUCUAUAAUGCUUUGGACCUCUUUUGCUUCUUGGUGUAUGAUGAAUUUAUUACUUAUGGUCGUACCACGUUACGGCGCAUACAGUAUGAUCAUGACAGGAUUGUGUAUGCUCUGCACAAAUCUAAUUUAUUGGGCAUUGCUACCAUGCGAACCGUUGAUUGCUCAUAUAGACGGUUCAAUUCUCGCUUUCGAUAUGGGCUGGAAUUAUUGGUUGAUUUUGGUCGCAGGUGUCGGAUGUCUUUUUGCUGGAAUCGUUGUAACAGCGAUAGAUUUAAUAUUUCCUCAUCAAUUUUCAACAAUACUCGAAGUCGAUUAUGAUACUCCUUAUGACAGACAUGUUAUCAUAGAGGAGAGUUUCGAUACGAGAAACGUUAGAAGAAAAUUGCCGAAAAUUGAAGAUUCUUUGGGCGACCGUAUCAUGAGUCAGCUGUCGUCAAAGCUUCAAAGCAGAAAUACGGAUCGAGAGGACACACAGGGUGUGAUAAAUAAAACUUAUGCUCCUCACAAAUCCUCUGAUUUUCAACAAGAACGUAAUGAUGAUCCUGGCAAGAGCAAUUGGUCUUAUCCAUUUCCUCCAGCACCAAGAAGGAUGACAAACUCUUGAUACUUACGUUGAAUUUUAAAGAAAAUAAAUGUACUUUAAUAUAUGCAACUCGAUAAAUAAAGCUCAAAACUAGCUACGUAUAUUUAA